CCGGAAGUGAGAAUGCCAGCAGCCUGUGGAGCCACUUUACCCUGGAAGCAGUUCUUCACGGACUGCUAAUCUCAUUCAGAGUGGGGAUUCUUCGUGUUGUCAUGUGCCUUGCGUUUCCCCAGCGGGCGAGGUUUAUUACGAUGGUUUCAUGGCGGAUAUUAUAAAUCCAGAGAAUGAAGAAGAUCUGCAGGCUCAAAUCGAAGAGGUCGAAGCUUUGUCUUCUAUCUACGGAGACGAGUGGUGUGUGGUAGACGAAGCGUCCAGGAUAUUCUGCAUCAAAAUAUCCAGCGACGCCGAUGAGCAGAAACUGACGGCAUGCUUGCAGAUAAUCCUUCCACCCGAUUAUCCGAGCGCAGCCCCACCCAUCUAUCAGAUCAAUGCCGCGUGGUUGCGAGGCUCCGAGAGGGCCAAAUUGGCAAACAGCCUGGAAGACAUCUACGUGGAGCAUGCGGGGGAGAGCAUCCUCUACCUGUGGGUGGAAAGAAUCAGGGACUUCCUAGUGGAGAAAUCCCACAGCUUUGGACCAGUCGUUCAAGAAGAAAAAGUGAAUGUAACUGCCGAGGAGGACGUGGAAGACGAUGAAGACGUACCUGAUUUGCGCCUUCUCGGGGAAAACGCAGGGAAAACCCACUUCUUCCUGGACCAGGCAAACGAUGAAGAGAUACCGCCGAUUAAACAUGGAAGCCUCAUCACUGACCGACGCAGCACCUUCCAGCCCCAUUUGGCACCUGUGGUCACGCCAGGACAGGUGAAGAUGGUCCUGGAGAAACUUUAUGAAAACAAGAAGAUUGCCAGUGCCACUCAUAAUAUUUAUGCCUACAGGAUUUACUGCGAGGACAAGCACAGCUUCCUGCAGGACUGCGAGGAUGACGGCGAGACCGCCGCGGGGGGGAGAUUGCUUCACUUGCUGCAGAUUCUGGACGUGCGGGAUGUCGUGGUGGUCGUGUCUCGGUGGUACGGAGGCAUCCUGUUAGGGCCCGACCGCUUCAAGCACAUCAACAACUGCGCCAGAAACAUCCUGAUGGACGAGGGAUAUGUCGCCUCUGCGGAUGAGGCCUGCAAGUCGGGAGCAAAGACCAAGAGACCGAAAAGCAAGAAGACGAAGUGAAAUUCAGAGGAAACUCGGAUUCGGUUUGCUUCUUAAAUAAACGAGAAGCCUCCCGUUUGGGUGACUCUGUCAGGAAGUUGAAUUCGGUUACUUAUCUCUUUAAUUGUCAUUUCUUCUUUCUAAAUAAUUUACUAAAAGUGCCUAGCGAAAAAUAUUUAAAGCGUAACCAACCUCCAGAUUAACUUUUAUUUUUGCUGAGGAAGUGUCUAAAUUUGCAAUCUAGGGUUCCAUCUUCUUGUUUCUUUGUCCACUUACUUCCUCCUCCUUCUCCAGAUCUGGCCGUUUCUAUUGGCUCCGCCCACUUUUGUGGAAUUUUGUCAUAACUUGCCACGGUUGUGCUUUCACGGCGGGGAAAAGUUACACUUUAAAUACCUCCGAAUUGUUCCCAUUAAAACCACAAACUUCAGUGAUUUUGACUGGAGAUUUAUAUUUCAGUCCGACACAAUGUGGUGCAUGGUCCCCUUAGCGCCUCUCGUCUGCUUUCAGCAGAAAAGCAUCCAAACAGCAUGAUACUGCCAACACCGUGUUUCACCGGUUGUUAAGAGGGAUGUAGGGUAUUUUCUGCCACCUUCUUGAUUUUGCUUUGUCCUGUACCAACUCAGGCCAGUGCAUAUCGGGCAAUAAAAGGUUCUUUUAUAUUUUCACCAGAGGAGACUCUUCUUAAGUUCUGUCUUACUGUACUGUAUGUAUUUACACUGAUAUUUUUUGGAAACCUCAAAGGAAACAUAUUCUAUCAAGAACAAGCUUAUGUUGGUUCUUUAUAUGGUUCUGAUUUUUGCUGAGACUAAAUUCGGUAAUUUUACACAUUAUUUAAAGGCUUCGGGGUAAAAGAUGAUUAAUACAAACUCACUCCACACUUUUCAGAUUUUCAACAUGACAGUUAUGCACUACUUCAUUUUGGUUUUUUCAAUGCCCCUACAAAAAAAAAACAGAACCCUGAAGUUUCUGGUUUCAACAUGUAACAAAAACAAAUCCCACUUCUCUACCUUGCUGAAUCCUCCGAGUCUGAAAUAUGCAUUUGUUGACCCAUAAGAAGUCUUCGAUGAGGUGUUUACAGCUGGACUUAUUUAAUUAAAAAGAAACCGUGACGUCAA